AUGACCACGGACCGCCCUCGACGCGCAGCUUCUCAGCGCCGCUCCACCGCCGAAGCCGACCUCUACUCGUCUCACGGUCAGCGGGCUGUUGGGUCGCGAAGGAGCGCGAGGAGGGGGAGCAGGGAGGUCAACUAUGCGGGGCUGGACGACGACGAGGAGGACGAGUAUGUCGACCACGGGGAAGGCGAGGGGAGCGAAGAGGAGGAGGGUAGUGUGAGGGUCCAGCGCGCGACGAGGGGGAAAGAAAUCAAGUAUGACGAGGACGAGUUCAAGCAGGAGGAAGGGGAGGAGCACUUCCCCGUCGAAGAAGUGGAGCAGGAGUAUCAACAGGACAACCUCCCUCUCCACCCUCAACACCUCCCUCCCCUCCCUCCGCCCAACCAGAACCCUCUCGUCAUCAAACUCAACGUCACGCGCACCGCGACGCCCGCUGAAGCUGCCCCCGCCGAUGCGGACGCAGACGCGGAGGGCGAGGAGGAUGCGGAUGCGGCGGGCGAGGACGACCCCGAUGCGUAUGCGGACCCUCACGCCGGCUACGCAGCGCACGAGGCGUACCAGAACGGGCACGCCGUGGCAGGCGACGACGACGAGGAAGACGAAGAAGGAGUCGGGGGUCGUCGACUCCGUCCUCGUCGCCAAAACGCGAUCCACGAUUCAGAGGACAGUUCGACCGAUGCCAACGGCGCGGAGGGACACUCUCUUCCCCCUCGCGUAUUCACGACUACCAGUUCAGGUCGUCAGACGCGCAGGCCGGCGCAUUAUGGCGAGAGCGCGGACGAGGAGGAUUACAAGCCUGAUGCGGAAGGCCGGCGCGGCGGGUUGAGGCGCGGACGGAGGGCGGGGUAUCAUGGAGAUGGGAUUGAGCCGGAUGAGGACUGGGACGGGGAGGACGGGGAGUAUGGGGGUGCGAGGAGGGGAGAGCGGAGCAGGCGCAAUUCGAGGCGGACGAACGACCGCCAGCAACAAGCUGCGCGUCAACUGCGCUCUCAGCGCGCGGGGCGGAGCGCAGGACGCUCGACGCGCAACUCGCGAAAGGCCGUCGACCAGUCUUACGAGCAGGACGAGGACGAGACGGAGCUCGAUACGGACGAGGAGAUCUUCGAUUUGCCGGACGACGACGACGAUUCGCUGGGCAGGGGCGAGGGGUCGGGGAGGAGGAACCUCCGCAACAAGCCGAGGAUCAACUACUACGUCCCCCCGCCGAACGAGGUCGCGGGCCUCAGCGCCGGCAAGGACGCGAAGGGCAAGGGCAAGCAGCGUAGAAUGGACGAGGAUGGGAAUCCUUUCGCUGGGUUGCCGGCCAACAUGACGGGUGCACAGUGGGCGGCGCUGUAUCCCGAGGGAGGACAGCCCGGAUCCGACUCGUCGGACGACGAGAAUCCGAACCUGUCGAGUCCUCGCAAAGCAGCGCUCUUCUCCGGCCCAGGCGCAGCGAUGACAGGCGGGAUGCUCGCAGGCGGCGGCCUCGACUUUGGCAGCGGCGCCCCCUCGAACCUCGGCAAAGUCAACAAUGUCGCUGCAUUGGCCGACACAGACCCGCUUGGCGUCCCGACCUCGAUCUCGUUCGACUCGGUCGGCGGAUUGGGACAGCAUAUCCAGCAGCUCAAGGAGAUGGUCUCGCUUCCGCUUCUCUAUCCCGAGGUGUUUGAGAGGUUCAAUAUCACCCCGCCGAGGGGCGUUUUGUUCCAUGGUCCGCCGGGAACGGGAAAGACGCUCCUGGCGAGGGCGUUGGCGGCGAGUUGCAGUACCGAGGGCAGGAAGAUCUCCUUCUUCAUGCGCAAGGGUGCCGACUGCUUGUCAAAGUGGGUCGGCGAGGCGGAGAGGCAGCUCAGGUUGCUGUUCGAAGAGGCGAGGGCGUGCCAGCCGUCAAUCAUCUUCUUCGACGAGAUCGACGGUCUCGCCCCGGUUCGCAGCAGCAAGCAAGAGCAGAUCCACGCCUCGAUCGUCUCGACCCUCCUCGCGCUGAUGGACGGCAUGGACGGCCGCGGCCAGGUGAUCGUCAUCGGCGCGACCAACCGUCCAGACGCGAUCGACCCAGCUCUCCGCCGACCAGGCAGGUUCGACCGCGAGUUCUACUUUCCCCUCCCGAACCUCGAGGCGAGGCGAAAGAUCAUCGACAUCCAUACUGAGGGGUGGAAUCCGCCGCUCGACGACGGAUUCAAGGACGAGUUGGCCAAGCUGACCAAGGGUUACGGAGGUGCCGACUUGCGGGCUCUGUGCACGGAAGCGGCGCUCAAUGCCGUCCAGCGCACGUACCCGCAGAUCUACAAAACCAACGACCGCCUCCUCAUCAAGCCCGAGCAAAUCGAGGUCACCGCUCGCGACUUUACCAUCUCUCAGAAGAACCUCAUCCCCUCGACCGCCCGCUCAACCUCCUCUCACGCCGCCCCUCUCCCGCCACAAGUCGUCCCCCUCCUCGCCGACUCGCUCGAACACGCCAAGACCGCUCUCGCCAAGGUCCUGCCCGAGGUGAAGAAGGUCAACGUCUUGGAAGAAGCCGAGUUUGUCGAUGAGGGUGCUGGGUUCGAGAAGGAGAAGAUGCUGCAGGCCUUUGAGACGCUGCGCGUCUUCCGCCCUCGCCUGAUCAUCUGCGGCGAGCCCGGCAUGGGCCAGUCUUUCGUCGGCGCCGCGAUCCUUCAGCACCUCGAAGGCUUCCACGUCCAGACACUCGAUCUCGCCACCCUCGUCUCCGACUCGACUCGCACGAUGGAAGCCGCCUGCGUCCAACUCUUCGUCGAAGCGAAGCGCCAUAAGCCCUCGAUCCUCUUCAUCCCUUCGCUCGUCACUUGGUGCGCCAGCGUCGGCGAGACCGUUCGCUCGACGAUCAAGGGCUUGCUCGACGGGUUGGACCCGUCCGACCCGAUCUUGCUGCUCGCGGUUGUCGACGGUCAUUUCUCGGAAGUCCCGGCGGACGUUCGCAGCUGGUUCGGGUUCGUUAAGGGCAACCGCGUCAUCAUCGGCAAGCCCAGCACCGACCAGCGACGAGCGUUCUUCGAGGAUGUCAUCGCAGGCAUCCAGCGACCUCCGAACGAGUACCCCGAUGGCGUUCCUCGCCGCAAGCGUGUCCUCGAAAAGCUCCCUCUCGCCCCGCCUCCGCCACCUCGUGCGCCGACCGCCGCCGAGAUCGCUCAGCAACAGCAGAACGACCUCCGCCUGCUCGAGUACCUCAAGUGGCGCCUCGGACCCGUCCUCUCCGAGCUCAAGAAGCGCUAUAAGCGUUUCCAGCGCUCGCUGUACAAGGAUUGGCAGAGCGACGACCUCGAGUGGCGCCAGGAGCAACUUCGUCGCGGUCAGGAGGUGACGGGUCUCGGCAAGCAGCCGUACCACAAUGUCGACCUUGACACGAUGGCGUCCGACCUGUACAAGGGCUUCUACUACACGCCGGACGACUUCCUCGACGACAUCCUCCGCAUCCAGCACAACGCCGAGGUCAACAAGAUCAUGGAGAACGACGCCGAGGCGCCUAUCCGAGCCGGACAGAUGGUCAACCACGUCAAGGUCAUGCUCGACCAGACCUUUGACGCCAACUUCCGCGCCGAGUGCGGCAAGAUGGCCGAGCGGAUGCGCGAGAAGGAGAAGGACGCGCCCAGGAAGGGCAGGCGCAGGGGCCGCGGUGGCAGCUUGCCUCCCGAAGACGGCGCCGUUGCGGCUGCCGAGACUGCGGCUGCGGCUGGCGGAGCGUUCAAGGAGCGGUACAACGCGCGGACGGCGAAUGGAGCUGAGGACAGCGCGGAGGCAACGGACACGCAGGAGGCGGGAGCUGGCGAGGAGGGAGACGCCGAGCGUCAGCUCAAGCGGGCGAGGACGGAGACUGGCGACCACGCGAUGGAAAUCGAGCAAGGGGACGAGCAUGGCCCGGCGAAGCGGCAGCGGACAGCCGAGGACGGCGACCAGGACGAGCAGAUGCGCGCUAUUCAGCAUCACCAGGCUGCCGUGGACAUGGCCAACGGACAAGCUGCCGCCUCGACGAGCUCGGCACCGAACGGAUACCCAGCUGGCUUCGUCGCCGCGCACCCGCAGGCAGGCCCUUCAGGCUUCCACGAUCUCCUCAACCCGACGACCGCCUCUUCGCUCGCCGCCUUUGCCGACCCCGUCGUCGCCUUCUCCGAACCGCAGCAAAACCCUUUCGCCCCAACAGUCGCUGCCGUCGCUCCUCCCAUGCCCGUCGGUGCCGCGCCCUCCGAGGCUUCCGCUGUCGCCGGACUGCCAGCACCAGCAGCCGAAGCCGCAGCCGCUCCGUCGUUCCUCAACGGCACCAUCCCUACUGCGGCAACGUCGACCAACCCCUUCGGCGCACCGGCCGUCGUCCAAAAGGCGCUGAACGUCAACGGCGGUUCCGCUCUUCCUUCGCGCGACGGCACGCCCACGCCUAUCGGCAUGAACGGCUGGCCAGCACCGGCCAGCGAGGCAGGCUCCGCUAGGCAGGCAUCGGCAGCGCCGGAGAAGGAGCGCACUCCUACGCCGGAACCGACGCCUCCCCCUCCUCCGCCUUUCGUCGUUCCCGCCCACGCCGUUGACGGCUUCUACAGCUUCCUCGUCGAGAAGACGGACGCGCUCAAUAUCGACCAGCUCGAGCAGCUCCGUGCGGCUUGCUACGAUGCCGUCUGGCGCGGCAGGACCGAGUGGGACCGGACGGCGGUCGUACAGGAGCUUGACGAGCUCGCGAAGGAGUUCGUCGAGGAGGUCGAGGCACUGGCUGCUUGA